AUGGAAACCCUAGGGGUUUUAUCAUCAAUAACUCUAUUAAAAUCUAUCGCUUAUAUUUUGUAUGAAUAUUUACUCGAAUUUUCUUCUAGUUACACAACUGUCUAUCAACACAAAUUAAAUGGAUUCCAUUUCACAAAUUAUGUGAAUCCACUCAGAAACAUGUAUCCACUAUUCCAUAGUGGUCGCACAUACAUUGAAUUACUAAGAGAAUCGCAUUUUAUAAACUCUAUAUCACUUAAAAACACAAAUUAUGUUUUGGAUUCCAUACAAUUGCAUCCAUUGGUGUUGAAACCCCUAAAUUUUUACUUAUUCGGCACACCAUUUUCAUAUACUGUUAAAUAUUUCAUCAUUAUCGCACUAAUUGACCUAAUUACGGCAAUUUCAUUUAAAUAUUUAAUGCAUAACGCUCAAUAUUUGGACAAUAGUUGGCAAUUUGACAUUGAAUACCCCGAUAAAUUCGCCAUUUACUACCUACUAAAUCCAAUUAGUAUAAUUUCAAACUUCUGUUUAAGCAUGGAUAAUUUAAACUAUAUGCUUAUAGUCCUCGCUUUACUUGUUAUAACGCAUGAUACCACUGUUUAUGAAUUCAAGGCACUUAAACAAAAAUUAGGCGAUGGAAAUAAAUUUAUCAUCGAUAUUGGGAUUGAUAUUUGUCACAAUUGUAUUUUUUUCACGUUACUAGGGUUUAUUUAUCAAAUAAACUCUAUAAAUCAUAUUUGUACCGUAUUUGCACUAGGAUUCAUAAUGUACAGGUAUAGAAUUGACACUAUUGUAUAUGAUGUGGCUAAGUCAAGACGAAAUUAUAUACGUAUAACAUACGGUAUUACGUGUAUCCUAUCAUUUUUUGCACAUCAUUAUACAAUUAAAACUCUCAGCAAUAUGCUAGGAGGUAUUAAAUUUUUCAAAAAUAUAUCACUUGGCCACUUCAAUUCGGCAUAUCUACCCAACUUAUCCAUCUACUGGUAUAUAUUUCUAGUGAUUCCCACUAUGUAUGUCGAAGCUGCGAAAUUAUUAUUGGACUACCAUGUGCUGCUAUAUCUGUUCCCUUUAGCCAUGAAAUUUGGCGAUACACCAACGAUAUUACUAACUUUACUGACUAGUAUAUCAUUUGUUACUAGUGAUACAUUGUCAGUAUCAGACAUUUCAUUUUGUUUGGUAUUAAUGAUGAUGAAAUACGACACCAUUAAGAAGCAGCAGUUUAGCAAGAAGAUUGUUUUUCUAGUACUAGCACUAACAUUAUGCGUGAUAAAUUUGAUUACCUGCGUUGGUCGUACCACUAGCAAUCCAAAUUACUACUUUAUGACCCAAAUGCUUUCUGUAUUCAUUUUCAUAAUCAUUUUAAAUGAUUACAUUAACGUGGUAAAAUAA